AUGCUGAAUUCGGAACUUUUGGACAAAAAUUUUGGCGUCUGCUUUCCGGAGGAGCUGGACGGUGUUCUGGAUACGCAGCAGGGCUCAGCGAAUUGCUGCAAAUUCAAUCGCUGGGGCUCACUGGUUGCCAGUUGGUUGGCUCACGGUUAUGCAAUAACAGCGCUAAGUUGGUCGCGCGACGGCCGUAAACUGCUAACGGCCGGCAAUGAUUUCACGGUUGCAACCUGGGAUGUGCUGGAAGGAUCGCGAAUUGAGCGACAGGCCUUCGGAUCACCCAUUAUUUCGGCUAUGUUUAAUCCUCGUAAUGACAAGCAUGUAUUGGUGAUUUAUUUGGGCAAAGAACCGGUGCUCAUGGAUUUUACAGAAAAUCCCUACAAAGAAAGGUUUCUUCAUGGGCCAAAUGAUGAUCAGGCGGGAGAGAUUACGGCCGCAACAUUUGACCGCCGAGGGAAGUACAUUGUUAUGGGAAGCAGCAGGGGACGCAUUAUUGUCCAUGAUGCCAAGAUAUUGAAAUUAGUCACCUACGUGAAGCAGAAUGUCUCGCAUCAGAUAAAAAACAUUCUCUUGACGCGGCGCGGUGAUUUUUUGCUAACGAAUUCCCAAGAUCGGAUUAUCAGGACUUACAGGCUUGACGAUUUGCUCAAGAAACAUCAUGGGACAGUGGUUGAACCGUUGCAAAAACUUCAGGACAUCAUUAAUAGGGUGUGGUUCAUGCAAAAUUUAGUAAUUUACAAGUUAGCUGCAGAUAUAUUCUCCGUACUUUUGAAAUUAACGUUUUCUUGA